AUGAUUGCAAACAGCCCUCAAUUCACAAAGCAGCUCUGCUGCUGGCAUCUCCACAAUUUAUCCAAGCAACUCUGCGUCGCAUGCAGCCAGUAUCUCGCAAGCAAAUCUGUUGUAUCCACCCAAGAAUCCCAUCCCCGCCCUGACAAAUACCCAGUUGAGGUCUUAUGGCAUUUUGACAACUGCAAGAAGGACGAGGAUGGCGGUCCGCCAUCAAAGCCAGCACCCAUCUCGCUCAAUUCAAGCUUGAGCAGGUACCCCUGCCAAAGUGCUGAUCCCAGAAACGGAAGAAACUAUUAUCAAUCCACGUAUCCAACUCAGUGGAAGGCCAUCCUCCCGGAGAUAGAGCAGCAGCAGCUGCUGCUAACUCUGUGCUCAAACCACUGGAAGGCCAAGCACGUCCUUGGCCAGGUGUUGAAGUCCAGUAAGCUAGCUAACAAGGUGGAUAUUAGUGGUGACAAUGAAGACACCAAUCUCACUACUAUAUCAUUAGGAACAGGAAUGGCAACAGAGCCUCAAAAGAGGUGUCAAGCAAGCUCAUUCUUCUCUGGCAUUAAUCUUCUCAAUGCCAUGGAGUUAUCCCCUGACUUCUCCCCCGGCCUCCCUUCCCCCCCUGUGCUUGAAUUUAUCAAGCGUAUUGAGCAUGCUGAUCCACACUCCUCCGACUUUGACAAAGACAACCACGAUAAGUAUCUGAGCAACAUUCUCGACCUUUUGUGGGCAGCCUGGAAAACGGCCAGAGGGCCAAUAUCUAAGGGUAAGGCCUCGUCUGAUUUAUCCUUGUCCUCUACUCUUUGUUGGACUGUGUUGAUCAUCUCAUCCACCACUUUGGCCUCUAUGGCACCUCCCUCAUCUGUUUCCACCGUCUCAGCUCUCACUAUACUUGCAUCGGUGGCUGCCUCUGUCCUGCCUAUUUCACAAGUCACAGCUGGUGAUUCUGAUUCACCCAACGAGGAAGAGUGUUGUGCAGAAUUCCAGACCUUGAAGAAAAAUGAGCUGAUUGAGUGGAUCAAGACCAGUGGGGUCACCGUCUCCAACUUAAAACAGAGGAAUAAGAAAGAUCUUGUAACAACUAUACUGGCCUUACCCCCCAAGAAAUAG